AUGCCUUCCCAGAAAAGCUGGCUACUCCCCAGCAUGACAGGCCGCACCAUAACUCUAACAAGCAACACGACCACUCAAUGGCAGCUCAUCAUCGCAGUCAAGGAAUCACCGGUCGAAAUGGACAGAGCGGACGUGUUCGAGCAGGGCGCCCACCCCAACACGCGAAUCGACUUUCUAUGCGAGAAUCUGGCCGACCCCAGUCACCAAGCCUUCAUCGCCAUGUUCCUCCAGAUUCCCGUCCUGGGGACGGAAUCCCUGCCUCCAAGUGUCCGGGCCCUCCAAGCGACUAAAAACGAUUCGGAGCGAGCCAAGUCGCUGCGAUUGGCCUACUAUCGCCUGCAUGCCGCCAACUGCCAGCAUACUCCUGCCUUUCUGGGGAUUGGGGAAGAGGAACAAGGUCCCGAGGGCUGGGUGCCGGGGGGGUAUGUGGUCUUCUUGGGGUUUACUAGGGUUCCCGGGGAGCGGCUGGGGACGGGAUGUGUGGGUGAAGGGCUUUUCUAUGAACUCCCUUUUUAUGAGAGGGAGCGGAUCCGGGAGGCGUUUCGACGGGCAUACACGUGA